UUUUUAUUUUUUGGAAAAUUAAUCUUUUGGUUCCUAUAAUGUUGACUUGUUUGAAAUUGAACAGGUUGGAUUCAGUUGUAACUUAGCAUUUUUAUUUGGUCCUUGUAUUUUUGACUCAAUUAAAACUUAGUUCUAUUGAGUAAAGACUCCACUGAGUUUUAUAGGUUUGACUUACUUGUAAUUCACUUUUUAAACUUAGACUUGGUGUAACUUAAUUUUUAUAGUUUCAGUGCCUAAUCAUUUGGUCCUUGUAUUUUUUGACUCAAUUAAACCUUGGUUUUAUUGAGUGAAGAGUCAAUGAAACUUAGUCCCUAAAGUUUUGACUUAGUUGUAAUUUAGUUCUUAAAUUUCAACUCGGUGCAACUCAAUUUUUAUAGUUUUGUUGGUUCCUAUACUUUAGAAAAUAAAAUUAUAAAGACUCGAGUGUUUUUUUUUUUUUGGGAAGCUUAGAGACUAAUGUUUUAAAUAGUUAAAACUAUAUGGAUGGAGUUGUAUUGGAUUAAAAGUUAAGGACUGAGUUACAUUUGAGUUAAAAUUAUAAGGACUGAGUAGAAUUGAGUUAAAGUUUGGAAAUUGAAUUACAACCGAAUCAAAAUUAUAGGAUUAAAUGAUUAAUUUUCCCUUUUUGAAUAAUUUUCGGUUUGGAUAUAGUUUUAUUGGUUCUGCACAUUGACGCGCUAGUUUAUUGGAGGUGAGAAAAUGGUAAAGACUUGCUUGAUUAGAUUAGUUUUGGUGCUCUUAUGUUUGUCAAUUUAAAAUAAAUAUGAACGGAAGAGGGUGAUUAGUUGAUUAAUCCAUUGCUACGAACUUGGGUUUCCAGCAAAGGCAAUGCUACUACUCAAGAAUUGUCUCUAACAUAAUUUUGUUUUAUUGUUCUCUCAAGGUAGUUGUGAAAUUGGUGUUUUAAAGGUCAGUAUUCCAGGAUAUGCAAUUUCAGAAUCAGGUUGGGGGUUACAAAAGAUUUUUCAGAAGAACACUAUUAGAAACUUCAGAGUAUCUGAAAGAUGAUUGCCUUGUCAUGCAUUGCACUGUUGGUGUGGUCCAAACACGUUUUGAGAGAAGUAAACAGAGUAUUAUUGUACCACGGUCAGACAUGGGUCAAGAUUUUAAGGGCUUGUUAGAAACUGGGGUUGGUUGCGACAUACUUUUCAAGGUCAAGAAUGAAAGUUUUGAAGCUCAUAAGUUGGUACUUGCAGCCCGGUCUCCUGUGUUUAGAGCACAGUUUUUUGGACUUGUUGGGGAUCCUUGCAUAAAUGAAGUAGUGGUGGAGGAUAUCGAGCCAUUUAUCUUCAAGGUAAUGCUUCUCUUCAUAUAUACCGACGAACUUCCUGAUAUCUAUAAUGCUGUGGAUUCAGUGGCACUGCCCAUGUGCACACAUACCGCCAUGAUGCAGCAUCUCUUGGCUGCUGCUGAUCGGUAUAAUCUUGAUCGUCUGAAAUCAUUAUGUGAAUCAAAAUUGUGUGAAGAUAUCAGCACUGAUACUGUUGCAACAACACUUGCACUGGCUGAGCAACACCACUGCCCCGAGCUUAAGGCCAUCUGUUUAAAAUUUAUUGUGAAUCCAUCGAACUUGGGAGCGGUAAUGCAGUCUGAAGCAUUCAUGCACUUGAAAGAGAGCUGUCCCUCCAUGUUGUUGGAGUUGUUGGAGGCAUUUGCAUCGGCAGAUGAAAACUCGAGCCAGACAUUGAGCAGGAAGAGAAGUGGCAGCAGCAUAUAUGGGCAAGAUUUAGCAGAUGAGGGUGCUGCCGAAUCAGUUAAUCCAAACGUUAGACGUGUCAGGAGGCGGGCAUAGUUUGGUUCGCAGUUGAGGGUGCUGCUGAGUCAGUUAAUCCAAAAAAAAAGAAAAGAAAAAAGGCUUGACAACACAAAAUAUUGUAGGACAGAACAGUUUUCCCCCCCUUUUGGGGCGGGAGAGCUGUUUCUAAUAUCCUCGACAAUGUUACCAGACAGUAAAUAGCUGAUAUUUUUGUAAUUAUCUCUUGGAAAGAAUAUGGUACUAGUAGUGUUAAUUGUUAAGAAACAUAGCUGAAUGCUUGAACUUUUACCAUAUAAAAAUUGGCCCUAUCUUGUGCUAGGAUUUGCUAGGUGAUUGAAUCAAUCGUGCCAAAUGGAUUGUAGCCAAUAAAUUCAUUGAAGUCCACCUUGCCUACUCCAUUUGAAUC